AUGGCCACCGGCAGCCCCAACCUCUACAGCUUCCCCAACUCCGACGCUCUAGCCACGCAUCUGCGCAGCUAUGUCUUGAGCGCCCAAAAUGCCGCCCUAACCCGGCAUGAGAGCUUCCGCAUCGCCGUCUCCGGCGGCUCCCUCCCAGCCGUCCUCGCCAAAGCCCUCCUAGCUCCAAGCAACGGCACCCCCCAAGACACGCCCCAAUUCUCCAAGUGGCACAUUUUCUUCGCCGACGAGCGCGCCGUGCCCCUCGACCACGAAGACAGCAACUACCGCCUCCUCCAAGACGAGCUGGUGACGAAGAUUCCGACCGAGCUCGGUGAGCCGGUCGUGCACGCCAUUGACGAGAAGCACAUCGGCGACGACGACCCGCAGGAAUUAGCCGACCUGUACCAGGAGGAUCUGAUGCGUGAGUUCGCAGCCAAGGAUUCCGUUAAGCUUCCCGUUUUCGAUCUCAUCUUGCUGGGCUGCGGGCCCGACGGACACACUUGCUCUCUGUUCCCGGGUCAUGCGCUGCUGCGUGAGAAGGACGCCUGGGUUGCUGCCGAGACGAACUCGCCUAAGCCCCCGCCAAAGCGUAUUACGCUUACGCUGCCUGUUGUCACGCAUGCGGUUAAAAUUGCUUUUGUUGCGACUGGUGGCGGUAAGAAGGAGAUUAUGAAGCAGAUCUUUGAUCUGGAGGAGGGCUCGAGUUUGCCUUCGGCGCUUGUGAACCACGGUGCUGGUGAGAAGGUUAGCUGGUUUACGGAUCAUCCUGCUGUUGAGGGGGUUUCGUUUGCUCGUCGUGGAAGUCUGUGA